CAGAUUCCUGAAAUAAGUGCCGGAAAAAACGUCGUAACACUACUAUAAUUUCUGAUAUAUUUUCAAUUUUCAAACUAAAAUAAUUGGUGAUAAAUUAGAAAGAGACAAUUAUAUACUUCGUGACCUAUUUGCGACUAUUUCACGAUGUUGACGAUUUUCGAAACACGAUUGCAAAUGGCGUCUUCUGUUUCGUGAGCUGUCCUUUUCGCACAGGCCGUUUUCAGUAAAAUUGUUAUCAAAUCAUAUCAACAAAUAAAUUGAACAUUGUUUAUAUAAAACAUCUUUUACUUUUUUUUCAACUUGAAUUGUAUUUAUUACUUUUUAAGUCGGAAACAAUUAGUGGACCGCGCGUACAAUGACUUCUGGGCGAGGCAAAACCAUUGAAACUGAAAUGUGUAUUUAUUGCCUAGCGUAUUUUCGUGUGAAACUAGUGAAUUAGUAUAAGUGUGAAAAUGGACAAGAAAUCCAAGAAAAAAACUGUGAUUAAGCGUAAAAGUGACGAGCAGGCUGAGAGUGAAAAGAAAAAAAUGGUCAAAAACGAGGAUGAGAAAAACAAAGUGGAAGUUGUGAAUCAAGUUAUAGAAGUACCCGUGGAACAGGGCCAGCAAAUUGUCCAUACAGGGCAGUUGGUUGAAGGGAAUUUUGAGCAGCCCGUGUUUGUAAAUAUGAAGGGCGAGCCAGUUCAAUUGGGGCCUAACACAGUGAUCCUUUAUGAGCAAAGCGGGAAUCCUUCGAACUUCGCGUUCGGUGGUAUGUGGACUAUGGAUUCUUCUGGUAGGAUUGUGAUGGCUGAGACAAUUUACGAUGUGAAAGGAGAACCAGAGGAAGAGGGUAAUUCAUCUUUUGUGCAAGCUACACCUGAAGUAAACAAUCAGCAACAGGUAGAUGAAUCUGGCACUACAUAUCAGCAGUACGAGAUCAACAGCAGCUCCCAAGUGGAUGGCACCCAAGAAUUUGAAGUUGCUAUUAUUGAUAAUACUUCUGAAAACAAUGUGAGACUGGAUACGCAGUUGAUUAGCACAGAAGCACAGUUGGUUGCCACAGGGCAAGGUGCAGUCCGUUGGCUGAAUCAGAAAUAUGACUUCGUUGUUCGAAAAUUGCAGCUUAACUAUGAUGCUGGUGUGAAAUUACUGCAUAGCCCGUCCGGCUGUUUCCAGUGUCUUUACUACACAACACCGAAUAUGCAGCUAGCGUUCAAUGCUGUGCCACAGUUCUUAUGUAUUGAAACUGGUAUAGAGUUCACGAAUACAAUACCGACUCUGGGUGGUACCUCGCAUCCCACCAUCAAACAUAAUGUUACACUGUUCCUUGCCGAAGAUGGGAACGGAAAGUCUGUUAUUGUUAGUGCAGGUAUCUCCACACUGAUGACGGAUGAUCUCACCUGGCUACUUGAAACCUUCAAGUCUUGCAACCCGGCCUGGAGACAAGUGCGCUGCGUCGUGUGUGACCCCACCAAGUGUCAGCAGACUGUCCGCGCCGCGUUCCCCACGGCCCACGUGUCGUGCUCCGUGUGGCAGGCGGCCCGCGCGGUCGGCUCGCUCGUGAGCGACUCAUGCCGCGCGCUCGACCCCGCGUCGGCCGUGACGCCGUGCGACGUGGCGGCUCGCUGCAAGACGUACGCGCUCGCACUGCUGCGGGGAGACCACACGCCCGCGCAGCUGCAGGUUCUGAAGCGUGGUAUCAUCGGUACUGGAGCAGGGACUUUAAGGCUGUGGGAACAUCUGAACAGGAGCGGGGAGGCGAUCUCGAGGCUGGACUCGUUCCUGGAACCUGAUAACUAUACAAACAUAUUGCAUAAGGGUCUUGAGAGGUUGGUGGGAAAGUUGAAGGUCUUAAUUAGAAAUUACACUCAGCCGGACGACUUUGUGUCGCUCUUCUUCAAUGUGGCGAACCAGCUUGAAGAGGAGAGGAGAAUGUUCGCUCUAAGCAAGCUUCGGGACACGGAAUCUCUUAAGCAGUCGCCCACAGACACCAUCACACAGUACGCGUACAACCUGAUGAGCCACCAGACGAAACUGGCGCAGAAAUGCUUGGACGACCGGGCGGGGAGGAAACAUAACAUCUCCGGCAUCAUCAAGUACGGUACAUCUACACAAGAGUGUUCCUGCCUCUUCAGCAAGGUGUUCCGGCUGCCCUGCAGGCAUAUCCUGAUGCUGACCACGGAGCUCAAGGUGAAGACACACAUUCCUUUCGAGCCUCGAUGGACCGUGCAGCACUGUCUCUUCGGCUGCGAGAGUACAACCAACGCGACUACCACUACCACGGCGACAACGAACAGUGGCAGCUAUAUGGAGCAGGUUGUGGUGGAGUCGGACAGACAGACGAUACAACAGCCUCAACAGAUACAUCAGGUGGGCGGUGUAAGACAGCAGCAGUAUGUGUUGGCGACACCUGGACAAACUGGAACGCCUGUAUCUCAGGUGAUAUUCUGCGGUGCGCCGGGUAGUGUCGGUACUGUGGGGGGCGGAGCGCCCGUCAUCACGUCGGUGCUUCCUCCCGGCGGCGCCGUGCUCACGCCGCACCACGCGAUACACCAGUAGGGGAUCACUUCAGAAGACUUACGACACAUCGCGAUGUUUUAGGUGAUCACCUGCGGAACGAGCUCAGCUACCGAGACUGCGUGAAAGUAAUAUACUAGUUACAGCACACAAAUAAUUGUCGGGUUAGUUUAGGUUAUCACCUUCGAAACGAGCAAAGCUGCCGUGACCGUGUGACAUAUACUAGUUUCAAUAGACGAAUAGAUGUCGGAUUAUUUUAGGUGAUCACUUAAAAUGAUGGAUCAAUUCCACGACAGCGUGACACUCUUAAAUUUUUUUUUCUGGUCACCUGUUGAAACCUCAGAAGAUCAUUCAAGAUAAAGAUCACACUCAAGCAGUGAGCCUUCGAGGCAUAUAUUUAAGGGGAGCACUUGUGAAAAAUUCCACAUUAUCGCAAGUUUAUAGCACGUACACCUUCCUUAAAGGCCGGCACCGCUCAUGUGAUUCCUCUGGUGUUGCAAGAGAAUGUGAGCGGCGGUUAUCUCUUAACACCAGGUUCGCUCGUUUGUGAUCUCUUUCCAUAAAAAAAAAUAUCUAUAUUCGCUUGUCAGAAUAUAGCUGAUGCUAUAUUAUGUGAUAAAUUCAAAAGGAACUUAUAUUGCGUGUCGAUAUAUAUUUAUAAAAUCUGUAUAGAUUAGAUUUUGAUUAAAAACAGUAUUAGGAUCUUAGGCAGGGACGAAAUUAUCAAUAAAUAGUGAUUUUGAAAACGUAUUCAAUUCAUGUAUUAGGGUGCGUGUACACUGCAUCGGAAACGCAACAAGUUGCGAAUUUUUAAGUAUCGCAAAAAAUACGAUUUGCAAGUUUUUCAUCACAAAAGUUAAUUUUAUAAAACUUAGCUUGGGUUGCACCAAGUAACUUCUACAACUAACUUUUUCUUUAAAUUAACUUAUAUAUUCAAUCACUUUAUGAUUUCGUUAGUCGAGGACUGUGGAGGUAUUACGAAUUACUUGCAGCUUUACGAAUUGCUUGCUGGCAAGCUAAAUGCAGAUUACUUGCAGCGCCAGUAAGUAGAACUUCGUCGUUACAGGCUUAGCCCGAGACGCGUGUACGAACAAAUCUUAAUAUCUGUCUUAAUAAACUAUCCCUACGACACAAAACUAUGAUGUUCAAAAAUAAAUUUGAUAUUCAGUGUGGGGUUAUAAUGGCGACAUUCCAAAAUCCGGAAAAACCCUUUGGCACUAGAUUUUUCAUAUACACAAAAUUCGAAAGUGCCGUACGGCAUACUACGCCCUAAUCAAGUUGUCACCCUCAUAUUGUUUAUAAGAUAGUUUAUUUUGCAUGGUCUAAUAGCUUAUUUCAAUAGCUUUGAUAAUAUAUACUCUCUCAUAUUCAAAAUAGGAUUCAAAAUCACUUGUUGAACGUCAAAAACUACCACCCAUUCAAAAGAGACUGCCUCACACCUGAGAAGAACGGGCGCAAGAAACUCAGCGGGUUUUUUUUAAAUAAAAUAUGGAUUACAAUGUAAUAUCGUACAAUAAACAUUUAUAAUAAAAGAGCCUGAGGGUGUUCGAUUAAUUCUCAGUCUGUGGUGUCAUUAAGAAAAUCGUGUAUAGUACACCUUGAGAUAACACAUCCUAAUUAUAAACAAUCUAUUAAAUGAACGCACAAGUAGAGCUAUCUAACCUUCAUUGUUAAAAAAUAAUUCCAAAAUUUAAGGUUAAUAAUUGAAAUUUUCAAACAAACAAAUUAAAUGUUUUGGAAAAAAAAUCUCUUCACCCUUUCGUGCUCGCGUAAGACGGCACGAAGUAGGUGUCAAUGCCUACGCAAGCGCGCGGCUACUAGAUUACUUACAGGGUGUUCCGAAAUUAUAUUCUGGAAAAUUUAUUUAUAUAGGUGAAUUAUGUAUUUUAUUAUUGAAUAUAUUUUAAUUUGCCAUAAGCAAUAACAACUAAAGAAAUAAUUGCGGCGGAUCCACGUGUGUUUAUUUAAUAUCGCAAUUUUAGCGCCACGCUGUAUAUGACUUAUCUCUUCGUAAAAAAAUGACAAUUUUAUAAAUUUAGGUAAAAUAUUUUAUUGAGACUCGGUUGUUUUUCGCCACCUAUUAUUAAUAGUGAUACAGUUUGAUUUUAAGUAGAAACUAUGUAUAUUUUAGUUUUGUCGUAAUAACUUGAAACUAUUAGCAAUUAUUAGUUAAACGAAUAUUAUGUUAAUUAGUUUUAUUUAUGUAAAUAUUUGUGCUGUUGUUGUAUUUUGUACAGAAUGAUGUGACUUUAUACCCCCUUAUUCAUAAUAGUCUGCUAACUUAAAGCAUUGCUAAUUCUCACUCUGUCUUCUUCCAUUGACCUAAGUCAGAACGAGAAAAAACACUCUUAAGCGGCUGUUUAAAGUUAGCGGACCGUUAUGAAUAAGGGGGUUAGUAUUUAACCAAUGGAAAUGGCUUUGAUCGAAAAUUGCCAUGCGGAUACUCUGAAAAUGUUUUUUUUUACAACUGAAACUAAAAUGUGCAUUCUGCACUUUACUUACAUUUAGUUAAUUACUCUUUGUUUUCGUUGAUUGCGUCUCCUUUUGGUUAUAUACUCAAAGCUAUAGUGAGAGCUUAGUAAUAAUAUUUAAUACUACACCUUCCCGGAAAGAACUUUAGUGUAGAUGUGACAGCUGGGACGAAACGACGUCAUUUAUUUCGUUAAAAUAUGUUACACAUAAUCUUAUUCAUCAGUGAUUCGAAAGUUAAUUUGAUUAUAUUUUCGGAAAUCGAUAGUGGACAGUUAUAUUAAUAUUAUAUGAGAUACUCUUUGAUCAUUUAAACGUCUAGAUAUAAGCCUCUUGCUGCUAGACAACCAAUGAAAACAGGCCAGGUUUAUUUCACGCGAUUUGAAUGUCACUUUGUGUUAGUGUGAGUAAAUAUUUUCAAAAUAGAGGUUAACUGCUAACCUUAAUUUGUUUCGACAUUUUCACAGCUGUCGCAGUCUAUGUAGACGUAUAAAUGAUCUUAGUACAUACUUGAAACUUGAAUUGUUUUCUUAAAAUUAUAACAUUUUCUUUUUUUUUCUCGUAGGUGUAGUAUAAAUAAAUAUGUAUCAAUCGGGGGAAAGGGCAAUUCCACAAAUCGUGUGUAUCGAGGCACUCGGCUUGGUCUUGUGCCUACAUAGUACGCCCUCUUGUGGAUUGCUAACUUUCUCUACUGUGAAUAACAAUGUUACACUGUAGUUUGUGCAUCGGCCAAACCCUAGAUUUUUUAGUAAAAUUACAAUUUUGAGUAGGUAAUUUUGUUAUACUUUUCGGAUGUGAGUUUAAGGUGCGCGUUCACUGUUUCGGAAUCGGACAACUAAUAAUCAUUUUAUUAUAUUUUUUUAUAGUUCAAGUUCGGUAAUUAUCUGAUAAUAUGGAUUCCUACGUCGACUAUGUGACGUGAAUAUUGACCAUAUAGCCAUUUUUUAUAUAUAUUUGUUCAGGUAGCCUUACAAAUUUAAUGAGUACAAUCUGCUAAACUACGUAAGAGUCUUUUCGAUUUAUAAGAUCAGUAGAUUCAUUUCUACUUAUACCAAAAAGUUAAAUCGAUAAGUGGCAUUUUAGCUGUCUUGGAUAAUAAUUAUGAUACCUUAAACUGUUUCUAAAUUCUUGUCCAAUGUCUCAGUACUUCAUUAUUAAUGUUUAGUAAACUUAAAAUAAAUGGUAUUUGCUAGUAUGCAAAUUAGUUAUUACAAUAUUAUAAGAAACGGUUACACCACAGUUUUCUACUCCGAUUGCGUAUAUAAAAAUCAUUCUGUAUAAUAAAAAGGAGGAGAUACUAGCUCUUGCCCAGCAUAACUCGAAAGUCCUAGUUGGGACCGUAAUUUUUUAUUAUAUAAGCAUAACAUUUCGUGACAUAUAUAAAAGGAAGAUUGAAUAUGAAUAGUCAAAUUACAAACCUCCAUUAAAAUUAAAAUAAUCAGUUUUAUUGAAAAAAAAAAGUCCUUUCGUUGUUUUCGUCUGUUAAUAGCUGUUAUUUGUUGUUAAUUGAAAAAAAAAUCCCUACAAAUAAAUGAAGUCUGCGACGCCGAGUGCGCGACUCUUUCGUCAGUUAAGCGCAAGCGUCAGCAGGUCCGUGACAGAACGCUGUGAUCAUCUAAUUAAUUACUUUCGGUGAAGUUGACUAAGUAGUCGAUUAUUAUUUAUUUUCUAUGUUACUUUUUUUCUUAUAUGAUUGAUAAAUACCAUAUUUUUUUGUUGUCUAACGGUUCGAUUUAGAAGGAGUAGUGGACUGGCACCUUAAAACAAACCUGUAUUAUAUAUACUUAUAUAUUGUUCAUAAAUUAUUGUGACAUGUAACUCCUAUUUUAUAUGUAUAAAAUGUAUUAAUACAUUUUUGUGUACAGUA